AACAAUUUCCUGAUGACUGGUCCAAAGGCUUACCUGAUCUACUCCAGCAGUGUAGCUGCUGGCGCUCAGAGUGGCAUUGAAGAAUGCAAAUACCAGUUUGCCUGGGAUCGCUGGAACUGCCCUGAGAGAGCCCUGCAGCUGUCCAGCCAUGGUGGACUUCGAAGUGCUAAUCGGGAAACGGCAUUCGUGCAUGCUAUCAGUUCUGCUGGGGUCAUGUACACUCUGACUAGAAACUGCAGCCUUGGGGAUUUUGACAAUUGUGGCUGUGAUGAUUCCCGCAAUGGGCAACUGGGGGGCCAAGGCUGGCUGUGGGGAGGCUGCAGCGACAACGUGGGCUUCGGAGAGGCAAUAUCCAAACAGUUCGUAGAUGCCCUGGAGACAGGACAGGAUGCCCGGGCAGCCAUGAACCUACACAACAACGAGGCUGGUCGCAAGGCAGUGAAGGGCACCAUGAAACGCACAUGUAAAUGCCACGGCGUUUCUGGCAGCUGCACCACGCAGACCUGCUGGCUGCAGCUGCCCGAGUUCCGAGAGGUGGGCGCGCACUUGAAAGAGAAGUACCACGCAGCACUCAAGGUGGAUCUGCUGCAGGGUGCUGGCAACAGCGCGGCGGGCCGCGGCGCCAUCGCCGACACCUUUCGCUCCAUCUCCACGCGGGAGCUGGUGCACCUGGAGGACUCCCCGGACUACUGCCUGGAGAACAAAACUCUAGGACUGCUGGGCACCGAAGGCAGAGAGUGCCUGCGGCGCGGCCGGGCCCUGGGCCGCUGGGAGCGCCGCAGCUGCCGUCGGCUCUGCGGCGACUGCGGCCUGUCGGUGGAGGAGCGCCGCGCGGAGACAGUGUCCAGCUGCAACUGCAAGUUCCACUGGUGCUGCGCGGUCCGCUGCGAGCAGUGCCGCCGGCGGGUUACCAAAUACUUCUGCAGUCGCGCGGAGCGGCCGCCGGGGGGCGCGGCUCACAAACCUGGGAGAAAACCCUAAGGGCCUCCUCUCUCCCUUCUUGUUUCCUUAUU